AUGGCAACGCGUGUGCUAGCAGCGUGGGAGGAGUGCGAUAAAACAGACACCGUCUUCAUUUUGAUUUGCACUGUAAUCUGCUGGACUAUUGUGCCUACUGUUGGAAUUGCCUAUGGAGGCUACUCGUGGAAACGCAAUGGGUUAGCAUCCGUUAUGCCCGCUGUGCUUACGAUUGCUACUUGCUCUAUACAAUGGUUCGUCAUUGGGUAUACUUUGGCUUAUGGCGAAGGCGGAUCAGUGUUUGGUGAUUUCAAGUAUGCCUUUCACCGAGGUGUUCUCUCAGAGCCUGUAGGAACUAUACCUGCGAUACUGUUUAGCGAGUUUCAGCUCGUAUUCGAGGCAACUGUCUGCGCAAUCGCGGUUGGCGGGUUCUGUGAGAGAGGCAGGUUGCUGCCGGUGAUACCUUUCAUCAUUCUAUGGUCAACACUUAUAUACUGUCCUUUGGCACAUAUGGUAUGGGGAGGAGGCUUUCUUGGAGAAGACUUGGGGGUUCUUGACUUUGCUGGUGGUACGCCCGUUCAUGUUUGCUCGGGCGCAACUGCGACCGCUGUCAGCCUCUACCUUUCAUACCCAAUAUUCCGUUCCCGGCGUUCCGAGGAACGAACCCCUACACACAUUCGUCUUCAUCGUCCAGGUAACUCCUUUUGCCAACUGAUAGCACUGAUCAUCAUUUGGGGCUCCUGGCUGGCAUUCGAUGCCGGAACCACCUUGGCGUUGAACUUUCAGUCUGUGAUGGCACUCUGCGUCACAAACCUAUGUGCUUCGUCGGGAGCCCUAAGCUGGGUGUGUAUGACUUAUUUUGAAACCGGGAAAUGGUCCUUGGACUCGACGUUCAUGGGUGCGAUCUCUGGCUUGGUGAUGAUAACUCCAUCGGCUGGAUUCAUUGACAUGCCCACUGCCUUUUUCUUUGGCAUCCUUGGCGCCGUUGUGUGCCGUCAGGCUCUGAGAAUCAAAUUUACCGACUUUGCUAGGCGCUGGCGCUGGGUAGACAACGGUGACACAUUUGCUACACAUUGCAUUGGAGGAGUUCUUGCCACUAUCUGCACCGGUCUCUUUGCUAAAAAGGAAGUUGCAGCUUAUGGUGGAGCUAUUGUCGAUGGUGGUGUCUUUUUCGACGGCAAUGUGCGCCAGCUUUGGGUUCAAAUUGUCGAGGCCAUUGUCGGAUUUUCGUGGUCCUUUAUUGGUUCCUUUGUCAUCAUUGCGCUGAUAGACUGUGUUCCUGGACUUGAAGUUCUGGCUACGGAUAAGGAAAUCAUGGCUGGUCUAGAUACAUUCCAAACCGAGGAAGCUCUGAUUGAAACGGUCUUUUCGGACGAAGUAGAUUACUCCCCCAUGAAUGGAGGCAAUAUAGAGCUUUGA